AAUAAAAAUUAAGUUUGUACUAAUUGUAAGUUUUACUUAUUAUCGACAGUAAAAUGAAGCUGGUUGCUGAAAUGACAUUUUGGAUAGCAUGUUUUGUAUACAUUGCUACUCCAAUAGAAACUGCAAGGAUCUUGGCAAUUAUUGCAAUACCAUCUUACAGUCACCAUAUUCCUUUUCGACCAUUAUGGACUACUUUGAGCCGGAGAGGACACGAAGUCGUCGUCCUAACAACUGACCCGAUAAAUGAUUCCAGUUUGACUAAUUUGACAGAAAUCAACUUCAAAUCCCAUUACAAUUUGAUUUCAAAACUAAAUUUCAUAAAAAAUAUGAGGACCCAUACGUGGCUAAGUACAGUAAGCGAACAAUUAUGGCCUCUAUCUAAUGAAAUAACAGAAAACAUUUAUAAGCAUCCGGAAGUACGUAAGAUGUAUGAACAGGAUAGUGAUACGAAAUUCGAUGUAGUAAUUGUAGAAACCAUAAAAUCACCUGGCUUAUAUGCUUUAGCAUAUAGAUUUAAUGCACCUCUUAUAGGUAUAUCAACACUUGGAUUGUGUAGUGGUAACUAUUACCUACUCGGUGCACCUGUUCUGCCAUCACAUCCUUCGACUUGGGAAAUGGAAGAUACUACUGAUUUUAAUCUGUCAUUGUGGCAAAGAAUUGAGAAUUUUAUUCGUUUAUGGUAUCACAUAUAUUGUACAUUAAAUUAUUUUUACUCUGAGCAGCAAACCAUAGCAGAAAAAUAUCUUGGAAAAAAUAUACCACAUAUAAGUGAUAUGGAAAGAAACAUAAGUUUUGUUUUCCAAAAUCAACAAGAAAUUCUUUCAUUUGUUAGACCGCAAACAUCAAAUGUUUUGCCAUUUGGAAAUUUUCAUAUUUUAAAAAAACUCGCGGCUUUACCAGAAAAUUUAAAAGAAUUUAUAACAGAUGCACCGAAUGGAUUUAUCUAUAUGAGUUUAGGCACAAAUGUCCGAAUCUCAUCAUUAUCGGAGCAUGUGCAAAGCAUAUUUCGAGAUGUAUUUACAAACUUGCCAUACAAAAUUCUAUGGAAACACGACAACGAAUUACCAAAUAAACCAGACAAUAUCUAUAUUGCUAAAUGGUUUCCUCAACAAAGCAUUCUUGCUCAUCCAAACAUUAAAUUAUUUAUAUAUCAAGUACCAGUUCUAGCUGAUCAGUACACUCAAGUUAAGAAAAUGGUAUCUUUAGGAGUUGCAAAACAUUUAAAUAUUUUGAAACUAUCGAGAGAAAAUCUGAAUGCAUCUAUAAUUGAUAUUUUAUAUGACGAAAGAUAUAAAAAAAGAAUGCUCAAAGUUAAAGAACUUAAUGAAGAUAAGCCUUACGAUUCUUUGGAACAUGUAAUUUGGUGGAUUGAAUUCGUCAUUCGUCAUAAGGGUGCUUCUCAUCUUCGUACCAGUAUUGCUCACGAUCCUUGGUACCAAAAACACGAAAUGGACGUUAUAGCAAUUUUAUCAAUUAUCAUAUUUGUAACGUUAAUUUGUACAUUAAUAGUUAUUUAUAAAUUGUUAAAAAUCAUAUUUAAUCUUACAAAAAUAACAGCAACAACCAAGAAGAAGAUUAAUUAA